ACUCCAGCGGGACUCAACAACGGAAAAGUAUCAUUUUCGCUUGGGAAUAUUUCAUGGCCCGCAGACUCGGCCUGCGACUCGCGGCGCUCCAUGCAGCGUCCUUGACGAUGGCCAUCGCAUCACCAUCGCGCACAGCCUGGCGCGUUGUUUGUGGCGGACUUGCGCUGGGUGGAAGCGUGUACCUGGCGAGGGACUCCGCACACUGCAGCGACUCGCUCGACGGCCACCGCGACUUGACACGGGAACCUUUGCCCAAGACGAGCGUACCAUGUCCAUGUGCGCUGCAAUGAUGCUAACUAGGGGUGGAUAGAUCGUGGCGCUGGGGGGCUUGAUCCAAGCAGCAGUGGACAUUCCAGGCAUGGCGGACGACGAGCAAAUGGAGAUUAUACAGAGCGCCGUGGAGCGGAUUGUGUUUGACGUGGAGAGCUUCAUGCCGCAGUCGUACUGGGAGCGCAUCACAACCGGCAAGGUGGUGUCGGAAGAGCAGCGAGACAUGCUGCAGUCGCGCCUGCUCGAGUACUACCACCAGAAGCUGCCGUAUUUGCCGUACUUGAGCGAACAAGACGAGCGCUUGAUCAUCCAUGCGACGAUUGCAAUCUUGACCGAUGCUAUGGGAAACACGAAGCUCGACGACAUUCUGUCCAAGGAGACCACGUCCCUGUCGCUGAUUGCGAUAUACAUUCGGGAAGCCAUGGGGAUUGACGACGUCGAGAUCUUGCGUCGAGAAGUUGCCGAGAUGGUGAAUGUACCCAUUCCAAUGCCGCAACCGGUGGUGAAUUGGGUGAUCGAGAAAGGAGUUGCGGCGCUCCUGUCGGUUCUGAACCAAGCCGUGAACGCGUCGCUCGGGGAAUGCUUUGGGAAAGCGGCAACGCGGCAUGUGGAAUCGAUCGAAGAGUUCCAGGCGGUAAUACACGCGAGGUGGCGUCGAUCGACCUGUAACCACGUUGCUCGUGCCGUUCAGGUCUUGCGGGCCAACGUGACACGAUUUGUCCACAACAAGUUGCACGUGGCACUCCUGCCAGCGUUCGUCGAGCGCUUCAUCAUUUCGAGCGUAAUCGACUCGUACUUUCAGCUGUACGUGACGAACGAGCGCAUCAACACGGCCGUGAGCAAGGUCAUCGAGGAGCAGUCCCACCGCCGGGAUUCCUAGCGGCGCCCACGACGCCGAUGGUCCGUCCACUUGUUCAACUCGAUCCGUUGAUUUUUAAUGGGGUGAAUUUACAGCCAUUUUGACUUGAU